CCACAGACUCCGCUGCAUCUCCCACUCUCCCCGUCUCCUUGUUAGUGCCAGCUUUUAACUCAGCUGGCUGGUGUGUGUCCAUGACAUCACCUGCUGGCUUCAGCUGUAUAUGAACAUGGCUGAUGAACCGCGUGGGCUUUUCUCCUUGGGAUUGUUCUGUCAGACAACCUGGGAUUGAUAAGUAAUUUCUGAUUUUGGGGUCUCUCCUCUCGGUUUGCCCCACCCCCUUAUUUGUGUCCCUGGGACACAGUGUAAGCAGUAUUUAUUCAUUCAUUCAUGAGCAAUUCUAACAAUUUUUUCACUUUUUGCCUUUUAAGUGAUCAUGUGAAUAGCAGUGUGAAGCUUGAUGAUUUUCUGAAUUAUUGCUAUUAUUGGUGAUCCAUUGUUUAUUUUUCAUUUUAGGAGCCAGCAACUAGGAAGAAUGGCCUUUAUCGGCAUAGCUAAAAGAGAAGAUUCCAUUUAUGCUUUCCAAAAUAGACAUGUACCCAUGGAAUUGAUUUUGUACUUAAGGCCAGAACAUAAAUGUUUAAGUUUUUAAAUUUUGAUUCUAUUCGUCAAUACAUACUGUAGUUUUCCCUUUGUAGAAAACACUACAUAAGAAAGUUGCAUCAUUAGGAAUAAGAGCUUUGCAAAUAAUUCACUUUUAUGAUUCAUUCUGUUACUUCAUAUAAGGAAAAGUAGUCAGAACUAAUUUAACAUGCAAUGAAAUUUACUAAGUGUAAUUUUUUGCUAGUUCUUGGGUUUUUCAUUUAUGUAGCUGAUAAUACCUUUGUAGCUAGCAAUUUUUUCUGUGAGGGAAAAUAUCUUUGGAGUACAUUAACAUUAGUUUUUAGGCUCCUUGCAUCAACAGUAGUCCAGACUUUCAGUUUUGAGUGGUUUAAAGAUGACUUUGAAAGACCUGAGUUGGGGAAGCUGGCCUGGACUUUUCUAGUUCAUUUUUUGCAUGGUGGAAUUCUUAUAAGAUAUUACUUUGCAUUGAAAUGUGGCUUCCAGGCUGCAUUUAAACAAAGCAGCUGUGAAGAUAAAUUGUCUGGAAGUCCUACCAGUGACAUUCAUAAACAAGCCAUUGAUGCAGUGACUGAUAUUAGUAUGCUCAGGGUAUUUAAAAUUUUCCUAGAAAUGACAUCCCAGCUCCUUCUGCAGAUUUACAUACUGGUGGAGGAAGACAAAACUAGUGUCAUUCAGUGUAAGUCUCUCUCUCUCUCUCUCUCUCUCUCUCUCUCUAAUCUGUAAGUUGAAAACGAAAUCUCCACUAAGCAGUUAAGUCUUCGCUUUAACAUGUUCCCAGUCAGAUUCCAGUACGAUUUUAUUUAGUUAAAUAAUCUCCUCUAUUGGCAAGUCUAUUAUUCUAAGACUUUUUAGAAACUUUAGAAAGAAAUAUAGUGUGUAACAUUUAACAAUAACAUUAUAUUGUGUUUGAAAGUUAAAACCACUGAGGUAAGCAACUGAACUAUUUCACUGCAGUCUACUUUGUUUUUGCUUGCUUAAUAUAUUUACGUAAGCUACUUAUAUAUUUUCAGUAACUGGACACCUCACAAUCUAUAAUUUAAUUACCAUUUCAACACCACUGUAAGGAGAGGAGUAUUACUAUUGUCAUUUUAAGAUAGAGAACUGAGUCAUAGAGGAGAAUUGAAUUGUUCAGAGUUAUACAGGAAGUCUAAGGUAAAGAAAGGAAUUGCACCUGAAUCUCUCCAGUCCUAAACUAGUGCCUAAAUCACUGAACCAAUUGUUUCUUUCAAAUGUAAAGAAUAUUUUAAUAAAAAUAUUUGAAUUGUUUUUCUUGACAGUAACAUUUAUUUUUAUGUUUUAUUUAGCUAUUUCUAUCAUUACAUCUUUCUGCAGUAUUUCCUGGGCAACUGUUGACUAUCAGGUAUCAUUAUGAAAAUCUCUGCCUGAUAAAAAUCAGCUUGGAGUCAUUCCCAAGUUAAUGUAUUUCUUCUAUAAACUGUUCACACUGACCUCAUGGAUACUUAGUGUUGCACUGACCACAGUGCUCAAUUUCAAAAGUUCUUUAAUUCUGUUAACUUUUCUUUGGAUCUUGAGCUUCUGCUGGAUUUUGAAACAACAUACACUGUUUUGCAAAUCUAAGAGGAUGGAAUAUUUAUACAGAAUCAUUGUUGGAAUCAUUCUAACUUUUACCUAUUUUAACAUUAAGGGAAAAAAGACAAAGGUUGAUAUUUCUGUUUAUUAUACUGUUCGUGUGCUUUUAACUUUAGUUAUAUUGUACAUAUGUUUGGUUUGGAAGCCUUUGUUUAUCAAUCAAAUACAUUCUAAAGCUGUGAGCAUCAUAAUUGUCUUCACUCUAGUGUUAGGUAUUAUUUUUCUUGUUGUUUAUUUUUCACCCCCCUGUUUAUGGCAAACAAGAUAGAGCUUCAGAUGAAGCUGAUGGAAUGUCAGGAGAAAAAGCUGUAGUCAGUAGAAUUACCAGUUUCAUAAUGCAAUGAACAGCAUGGAAUUAUGCGACUUCUUAAAAUAUUUGCAAAUCAAAGCAAUAUGGACUGGACUGUCCAUUAUUCACUUAUUCUGUCAUUAUUCUCAUACUUUUAGUAAACAUUUCCAGUAAAUAAUUUCUGAUGA